AUGCAAGCUCUAAAUAAGAACACAACAAACUUUUCAAACUAUUCUAAGAUAUCUGAAUCAUUGAAAGAAGGAAACUUAAAACUGACAUUAAACCCAAUGACAGAUGAGUUUCUGUUUCAAGACAAGAAGAACAAUACUGUCUGUAUAAAUCCAACAAAAGGAACUUUAAACGAGAAACCUAUAAAUGAACUUCUUUUGAAAGCAGAUGUUGACAACAAAGCUGACAAAGAAUAUGUAGACGAUGCAAUAGCAAAAGAAGAAGAAAGAGCUAACAAUGCUUAUGCAACAAAAGAACAUACUCAUCCUGAACUAGCAGACAAAACAUAUGUUGACAAUAAAAUGUCAAGUGAAGUGACAAGAGCUGAAAACGAAUAUUCUAAAAAGACUCAUACACAUUCUAUAUCUGAAAUAACAGACUUAAACGUUAGCCUUGAAAAGAAAGCAGAUAAGGAAUAUGUGGCUAGUAAGUUAGAGAAGAAAGCGGAUAAGGAAUAUGUGGAUGAAAAAGAUAACGAAAUGAAAGAAAGGGUUGACUGGUACCAUGAAUGGACAUCGAAGACUUUUAAAGUUAAAGCCGAUACAGGAUGGGUUUCAGGAUGUUUAGACCUUAAAGCAGAUAAAACUUAUGUUAACGAUGAGUUAGAGAAGAAAGCAGACAAGAACCAUACACAUACAAGUUUUACAACUGUUGCUAUAGAAAGUAUUGAAGGAACGGUUGAAGAAACUGGUGGGGAUGCAAUAUAUUGUAAACCUCCUAACUUUCCACAAGGUUUAACAUCGGAUGACGACAUAACGACGAUGAGAAACAUUAGAUGUAAAGAUGUUUAUGUCAUGAAGGAUGAACAUAA